GUGGCACGUUCACCGAUCCUGUUCUGGAGGACGGUGAAGAAACUCUGAGAAGAUAUCCAGUGAAGGUGCUCACCACUGGGCAGGAUCCUGCCAAAGGUUUGGUUCAUGCUGCCUUGAGAGCGUUGCAGGCUGGGGGACGAGAAGCCAAACAGGUGAGGUUGAUACUCCACGGCACAACUCUGGCCACCAAUGCUGUGCUUGAGAGAAAGGGAGCGAAGGCAGCAUUGAUUACAACAAAAGGUUUUCGUGACAUUUUGGAGAUUGGUUUUGGAGGACGCUAUGACCGCCAUAACCUCAGAGCACGAAAGACUCCACCCCUGAUACCUCGACAUCGGUGUUUCGAAGUGUCACAGCGCCACUUGCCAGAUGGCUCUGAAGUAACGCCAUUGAACGAAUCCGAAAUCGAGUCCUUGGUGCCAAAGCUCAAAGAGCUUGGAGUAUGGUUUUGUACCUCCAGCAGUGUGAGCCCAGAGAUUCGAGAGUUCGAACGCUUUAGCACAGCUGCCGCCAACGCUUACGUCCAACCCUUGAUGUCGCGAUACUUAAAAGAUGCCCAGCAGUCCCUGGCUGCGCAUGGUUUCGGGUGUCCCUUGCUGCUGAUGACAUCUGGGGGUGGACUGAUGGAUGCUGAUACUGCUGUCAUGUUCCCAGUUCGUUUGAUCGAGUCUGGCCCAGCAGGUGGUGCCAUUUUGGCUGAAAAUGUUGCUCGAGAGGCGAAGGCCAGUGAAGUGCUUUCCCUCGAUAUGGGCGGCACCACGGCCAAGAUCUGUGCGAUUUUGAAGGGUCGUGCAGGAGUAACGCGGAUGUUCGAAGUGGAUAGGGCGCAGCUCUUCAUGAAACAUUCUGGAUUACCGGUCCAGAUUCCCUGCAUCGAUUUGGUGGAGAUUAGUGGAGGUGGUGGAAGCAUCGCCUCCAUCGACGCAGUUGGAAAUCUACGAGUUGGACCUGAAUCUGCUGGUUCCAACCCUGGCCCAGCAUGCUAUGGCAGGGGUGGGACACUGCCUACAGUCACUGAUGCGGAUCUGGCACUAGGCCGCUUGGAGACGGGUUCUUUGGCACUUGGCGAGGUCGAUUUGAAGCUUUGCAAUGCAGAAGCUGCCAUUGCCACCUUGGCACAACAUCUCCAGGUUUCCACCCAAGUGGCAGCUGAAUCUGUUGCUGAAGCCGUGGAGGAUUCGUUAGUUAUGGCAGCACAAGCACAUGCAGCUGAACAUGGAUUGGAUUUGCCGAAGCAUGUCCUUGUCGCUUUUGGUGGUGCCGCGCCAUUGCGGGCAGCUCACCUUGCUGAAAGGCUGGGGAUUGAAACCGUUCUGAUUCCCCCAGAUGCCAGUGUGGGAAGUGCUGUUGGCUUCUUCUCCGCCCCGCUGGCGUUUGAAGCCAUUGAAAGCUACAGCAUGCUUCUCAGAAAGUUCGAUCAUUCCAAAAUCAAUGCCAUUUUUCGGCAACUGUGGCACAAGACUGUGUCAGUUGUCGCGGCUGGAGCCGCUCGUUGGAAGCCUGGCCGGCCACCAAAAGAGAGGCGUCGCGCCUACCUUCGCUAUGUGGGACAGGGCCAGGAAGUUUGCGUCGAUCUCCCAAAUCGAGAUCUGGAAGCUGGAGAUCCUGAAAUGCUGCAACUGGAGUUUGAAUCAGAAUACGACCGCCUGGGAUUUAUUGCACUUCAAAAAGAGGAAAUCGAGUUUCGAGCGUUUGCCCUUGAAGUUGUGGCAGACGCAGAUCCAUUGGCGUGGCCACGAGAGCGACUUCAUGCCAAACAGAAGUUGUCAGAACAGUCGAUUCUCCACUCAGGAGCACAAGGUGUGCCAGCAAAAUCAAUCGCCAAACGGGUUAUCUUUGAAAACCAACAACUGGAACAUCUGGUUUAUUCGCGGUCUGACUUACAAGUAGGUGACUUCAUACCAGGACCAGCUGUCAUUUGUGAGCCAUACACCACAACAAUCUUUUCACAAUACUUUGAUUGUUGGGUCUUGGAGAAUGGUUUUCUACAACUACAAGCCAAAGGUGCCGACCCGCAAAAGAAACAGGCGGAGAUUGCAUUUUCUCCAAAAGCUCGUGGUUUUCAUGGGCAGGAAAACCAAGAAAGUCCUGAGCAUACACUAGGACAUCGCUUGGCUUGGACAAGAUUGCUCUCCAUUGUUGAAGAGCAAGCCCGGACUACUUUGAGAAAUGCAUUUUCAACCCUUCUUCGAGAGUGCCGUGCAGUGGGCUGUGCUGUUUUGAGUGCGUCUGGAGAACUUCUGGCACACAGUGAGACAUCUUCUCCAAGUCUGACUGGUGUGUUACUUUUGGAGGUUCAGGCGUGCUUGCUUCACGGUUUGCAACAUCUUUCAGAGGGGGAAUGUAUGAUCCGCAUCAGGGCAGGCUGUAUGCCACAACAUUCUGACUUGAUUGUCUUGACUCCAGUAUUUAAGGGUGAUGAUGGUGAUGAUCCACGGUCAUGUGGCUACAUCGCAUCCACCGCCCAUGUCAGAAAGAUGGCGUGCUCCUCUUGUGUAGUCAACAGGGAGACAGUGUCAAAAAUGGGCCCAGAUGCCCAAGAUGUGGCCGCUCUGAUGGCUUCCAACGAAUUGGGCCUUCGGAGACUCCUGACCCUUUUUGCAGAACGAAGUGUAACGAUGGCCAGCUUGGGGAGGUAUAUCUUGAAGGAGUCGCGGAGCGCAAUCUUCAGGAAUCUGGAUUUUGGAGAAGCUGUUGUGUCGCAGAAGCGCAUCACUCUUGAAACCAGCACAGCGAAAGGUGCAGAGGUCCACGUUGUAGAGCUGACUGCUGAACUGCAGUGCUCCAAAGAUGGCUUAAAUGUGAAGUUAUCAGCGCAACAGCACUUGAAGGAGAGCAAUUCGGAGACUCCCCAACCUUUCAAAGGGUCGCCUGCAUUUUUGUGCGUGUCCUUCUGCAAGUUUGCUUUGAUGGCUGUUCUUGGGCAAGGCAUUCCAGUCAACACCGGGUCGCUUGAGGCAUUUCACAUUCAAAUCCCAGCAGGUUCGAUACUGGAUGCGGAGCCGCGCGAAGGUGCUGACGCCUCUCAAGUGGCUUAUUUUUUGCCUGAUCUUCUAUUCCAUUGCUUGUCCAGCGUUGGGAAGCAAGUCUUCCCCACAGCUGAUAGCGCAGCUUGCUUAUCAACCUUGUGCUGGAAUGCAGAAACUGAAAACAAAUUCGGACUGCACGUUGAGGGUGGUGGUUUGGGUGCUCAAUCUGACCAAGAUGGGCUGAAUUCUUGCAUUUUUCCUUGCGGUUUGCAGUCCAUGCCAGUGGAAAUCACGGAAAUGUCUUCCGGUGCAUCCAUGUCGUUCAAUUGCAAAGAACUGAUUGCAGAUUCGGGAGGUGCAGGCUGUUUCCGUGGAGGCUUGGGUGUUCGAUGGGAGCUGAUGGCGCGGCGAAAGGUCAAGGCCAUUUCGAUUCAAGGAUGUUGCGAGGACGGACCGUGUGGAAAAGAUGGUGGACUUGCCGGCAAGCCUUUCGCGACAAAGCUCAAACGAAAGCAAGGAAGUUGGGAGUCAGAGCAGUCCCAGCCAGAUGAACAUGGAGAAAUCCGAGUGGGAGACGUUUUAGUACUGGAAACGCCUGGAGGAGGUGGAUAUGGACCCCCUGCCAAGCGCUCCCGCGAAUCGCUAUUGCGCGAUGUGGAAGAAGGCUAUGUCUCCCAUGCUGCAGCUGUGAGCCUGUACAAGCUUGAAGAUUCGAAGCAGAAAGAAUCAGCCGCUUCCUGA